AAUUGGGGUGGCGUCGGUUUUCAGGCACAUUCAUAGCGCAGCGAGUAUCAGCACUGGGUGGGUGUGAGGAAACCUCUCGGAAAGGGGUUAUUGUGCGUAUUGUAUUUUGGGGAGCAACAAUAAACAAGCUUAGGUUUUUAAAUCAAUUAAGAACUAAAAGUAUUUAUCCGUCUGAAGCGAAAGGCGAAAGCGUGCAGUAAAGAGUCGUGCGCGGCGGCAUCUUUUCAGUACCUUGGACAGUGCGCGCGUUUACAAUGGCACCAGUGGAGUUAGAGGACGCUCAUUUCGCGGAGGUUCCUGUGAGUGUGGCUGUAGUGAGUGUGUUCGGCCUGGUCUUCAGUGUGUCUAUCUUUGCAUGGAUUUGCUGUCAGCGCAAAGACAGCAAGACCAGUAACAAGACCCCACCCUACAAGUUUGUCCACAUGCUGAAGGGAGUCGACAUCUAUCCCGAGGGCCUAAAUGGAAAGAAAAAGUUUGGCGAAGAUAAGACACCAGACCAUACCAAUGAAAAACAAACCACCAGUCCCACAAAUGGGCGACCGGAUCUCCAUCUCGACCUGGAAAAAAGAGAUCUUAAUGGAAACUUCCAAAUGAAAGUGCGUAGUUCCCCAGACCUGGAUAUCCCAUCCCUUCAAGCAGGUUUUAGGCAGAGUGGUAAUCAAGAGGCUGGUACUCCUGAAAGCAACCUUUCAAGUCAGGCACCAACCCCGGCCGUGGAAAAAUCCCAGGAUAAGGAGGGUGGCCUGGGGACGCUGUUCUUUUCCGUUGAGUACAACUUUGAGAAGAAGGCAUUCGUGGUUCACAUCAAAGAGGCCCAUGGAUUGUCUCCCACUGAUGAACAAUCGCUGACCUCUGACCCCUACAUUAAGCUGACCUUGCUGCCUGAGAAGAAGCAUAAGGUGAAGACACGUGUCCUGAGGAAGACUCUGGAUCCAGCUUUCGACGAGACCUUCAGCUUCUAUGGAAUCCCGUACGCACGUGUGUCCCAGCUGGCUCUGCACUUCAUGGUGCUGAGUUUUGAUCGAUUUUCACGCGACGAAGUUAUCGGAGAGACCCUUGUUCCUCUGGCUGACAUCGACCUCACCGAAGGGCGGGUCCUCAUGAGCCGGGACAUUAUUAAGAGGAAUGUCAGGAGGAGUGCAGGUCGAGGAGAGCUGCUUCUAUCUCUGUGCUAUCAAUCCACCACAAGCACCCUGACCGUGGUGGUACUGAAAGCUCGACACCUGCCCAAGGCCGACUCCAAUGGACCAUCAGACCCUUACGUAAAGGUGAACUUGUACCAGGGGAAGAAGCGAGUGUGUAAGAAGAAGACGCAUGUGAAAAAAUGUGCUCCCAACCCUGUCUUCAACGAGCUCUUUGUUUUCGACUUACCCUCGGAGGAUGGUCUGCGAGACACCAGCGUGGAGCUCCUCCUGCUUGACUCCGACAGGACGUCCCGUACACCCGUCAUUGGCCGGCUUCUCCUUGGCACCUCCUCCCCUGGCACCGCCGGCGAACACUGGCGCGAGAUAUGCGACCACCCGCGGCGACAGAUCGCUAAGUGGCACGUGCUGUCUGAAGACUAGCUUUGUUGGUUACCAUGCCGACAGGAGCGCAGAAACUGUCAUUAAAAUCCAUGGAUGAGUGGGUGGGAGUCGAACUUGUCGCAGUUAUAUCCUCUGUCAAGCAACAGUCAUAUGAGUCAUAUCAUUGGGGCGGGGCUUCUUCUGAGGGGGAGGCGCCAGCUGAUCCCGGCCAAUUAAUGAUUCCAAAGACAGUCUCUGAUGCCCAAUGAUGCUUGCUUCAUUCAAAACCUGAUUGAUUGCCACCUUGUGCAGUACCGAAUGUCAUUAAUGUCGCUAUUGCUGUUCUUCUCUACUCAUUGUUAAUAAUAGCCCAUCAUGCGAUACAAUUAAAGAAAAUCCUGGUAAUGUGAUGAUGUAAAAUAGCUGAAUUGCGUUUUAUUUUUUAAAAAGAUGCUUUAAUCUCUUAUUUAUUCAGAUGUGGAAAUGUAUUAAUUUCUCUUCCUUUUAUACUUGAUUUCUUGACUUGUUUUCAUGUUUUUGCCUGAAUGCAUUUCAUAAGUGGGGAGGACGGAUCCUACAUUUGGCACACACGAGCAGAGGCUGAUGUAAUAUUGCAGAACAACUGCACGAACUGAACUGAAGACCGCAUGCAGUGCGCGUAUAUGUGGGCGAAUGUGAGCGUGUGUCCGUGUGUGUGUGUGUUACCUGUAGUUCAGUUCUAGUGGAGUGCAAGGAAGUGUUGUUCUCUUCACUGUGAGCACAAUGGUUGAAGUGACUUGUACGUGUCUUAUUAUAAAAUAUCCAGUUCUGAGAAAAAAACUGCCU